UAGGCCGGGGCACUGCCCCGCUUCCCGCUCCAACCCUUUCCCUGCUUCCCCGCCCCAGGCCCCAUUCGCCGCCUGCACUCUCCAGUUUCCUAUCGGCGUGAGCCCGGCAGCUCCCCAGGCCCUUCACCUCACAGCAGCAGAUAUGGCGGGCACAGAGGAGCGGCAGGGCACCAUCCAGGUCCAAGGCCAGAGCCUGUUCUACAGAGAGGUUGUGCCAGGCGGCGGACAGGCUGCCCGCUUCUCUGUGCUGCUGUUGCAUGGCAUCCGCUUCUCCUCUGAGACCUGGCAGAACCUGGGCACACUGAAAAGGCUGGCUGAGGCUGGUUACCGAGCUGUGGCCAUUGACCUGCCAGGUCUAGGGAACUCCAAAGAAGCUGUAGCCCCUGCCCCUGUUGGAGAGCUGGCGCCUAGCAGUUUCCUGGCAGCUGUGGUGGAUGCCUUGAAACUGGGCCCCCCCGUGGUGAUCAGCCCAUCACUGAGUGGCAUGUACUCCCUGCCCUUCCUCACGGCCCCAGGCUCCCAGCUCCGGGGCUAUGUGCCUGUGGCCCCCAUCUGCACUGACAAAAUUGAUGCUGCUGCCUACGGCCGUGUGAAGACCUCGGCUCUGAUUGUAUAUGGAGACAAGGACCCCAUGGGUCCCACCAGCCUUGAGCACCUGAAGAAGUUGCCCAAUCACCAAGUAUUCGUCAUGAAGGAUGCAGGGCACCCCUGUUACCUUGACAACCCGGAGGAGUGGCACACGAAGCUGCUGGAUUUUCUCACGGGGCUAGCAUGAGGACCAGCCCUGAUGAUGGGCUCCCUUGGUCUCUCCUUCUCUCUCUCCUGCCAGGGGCUCCUGCACAUCAAGCAACAGGGGUAUCUGUCUCUCUGCAUUCUGGUUUUGGGGUUCUGUCUCUUCCUCUUUCUCUUGCAGUGACAGACCAAGGAGGUGAAAUCAAGAGAAAAAAAAAAGCAGACAUCAAGGACACAAUCUGGUGGAGGGUAAACCAUUAAUUAGAUGAGCUUCUAGAGCUUUCUAGCCUCUCGAACUCCUUCCUCUGCGGGCCUUGCCUCCCUUUCCUACCCCGGACCUCCUCUUUGGGUGCUCUGUGGAAUACACACAGCACACCGCAGCCUCUUCUACACACACACGGUCCAACUUCACGUGCAGAACCAACCAUCUAUGAUCCCAGAGUCUCAUUCGCUUGGGAGUGACCGCGCAGGUGCACGCAUGCGCACACUCACACAUGGCUGGCCUGUGCAUGCCCCCCAAUCCCUGUGCACUGUGCUAAUGGGAAAGUGGGGACCCCAUGGGACAUCCCCUGCCCCCUUGUGGGAGACUGUCUGCUGAGCUGAGGGGGUGGCCAGUCCUAGACUCCACUCAUCCAAGGGGUGCAGAUCGCUUCCAGAAUGAAUUUGCUGCCUCCCUCCAAAUUUGCCCCCUGGCCCUCAAACCUCCCAACCACUGCCCUCUUCUGGGUGCUCCACACCUCCCCAGGAUAUUAGGCCGGGGGUCUUAUCAGCCAAGCUUGUUUCCUGCUCUGGGCUUCUGAGGGGUGGGGAGACAGCGGUGGUCGGUGAAAUAAAGUGAUGCAAUUAGA